UCCUCCAUCUCCUCUCCCCAUAGUGUGAACCUGGACAAACAGACAGCCAAAGGCAGUACGGCCUUACACUACUGCUGCCUGACUGACAACAUGGAGUGCCUCAAACUGCUCCUGCGCGGCAAGGCCUCCAUUGACAUAGCUAGUGAGUCUGGGGAGACGCCGCUGGACAUCGCUAAGAGACUGAAGCACCUGCAAUGUGAGGAGCUGCUGAACAUGGCGCUGGCGGGGAAGUUCAACGCCCAUGUGCACGUAGAGUACGAAUGGCGUCUGCACCAUGAAGACAUGGACGAGAGUGAUGAGGACCUGGAUGACAAGGUGAGGCCCAGCCCCCAUCGGAGAGAGGAGCGCCCUGCCAGCUGCUACACCCCUGGCUCCAACUCCCACCUCCAGCCCAGCCCGGCUUCCCUGGCACGGGACAAGCAGCGUGGUGGGUACAUGCCCAACCUAGUCACCAACGAGACGUAUGGUGCCAUCCUCAACGCCAGCCCUCCUGCGCCAGGGGGGCCCGCCACCACCUCUGCACCCCCUCUGCCUCCACGAAACAUAGUCCAGAUGCCAGGUCUGUGUGGGAUGGUCCAGUCAUCAAGGUCUUCUGGGUGGAAGCCUGGCUCGAUAGACCUGGGGGGCCGACAGAGGUCCUCCUCAGACCCCCCCAACAUGCACCUCCCGGUACCCCCCAUGCGGGUCACCUCAACCACUGGUCUUGCUCCUCCCCCCGUGGCCAAGACAGUGAGUGUGAUGGAGGCUAUGAACCAGCAGUCUAAACCAGGGACCGGACAUGUCCACAGCAGAGCCCCACCACCCAAGUCUUCAUCUGGCAACGCCAAAAGCUUCAGCAAAGGACCGACUCGAACGGGGUCCAUCGAAAGACCAGCUAAGGAAGUGCCGGGAUGCCCCCAGAACUCGAUAGGUCAAUCACUGCCUCCGGCCCCCAUGCCUAGGAAGACCUAUCCGAAGCAGAGGCCCAAGCGAGUAAAGGCCAUCUAUAACUGUCUGGCAGACAACCCAGACGAGCUGACCUUCACUGAGGGGGAGGUGAUUGUGGUGGAUGGGGAGGAGGACCAGGAGUGGUGGCUGGGCCACAUUGAAGGAGAACCAAUGAGGAGGGGGGCUUUCCCCGUCACAUUCAUACACUUCAUCAUGGACUGAAGGUCAAAGGUCAACACAGGCACUGAUCUGGGAUGGAAACCUCCACCUCCCCACGUCUGCUGGUUUGUGGGACGAAAUCAUCAUGUUCAUCAUCAAGCUUGUGCCUGCGCUAACACUACAGAAGAAUCAAGUGUCGCUGCCCAAUGCUUUGGCUGGACAGUCUGGGGGUUGCCAUGACAACAUGCACACCCUUCACUCCGGGAAUGUUACGUGACGUCAUAUCACUGCUCUUUAGACCAAGCCCGCAAAUGCUCAUGAGGAAACUGUGUUUAGACUUCUGACACCAUCUGACAUUUUAAAAAACAAUGAUUGUAAUGAGUGUUCACAACAUUAAGAGGAUUAUUGACAAAAUGAAGGUUCUGUUCAUAAGUUUCACUUGGUUUUCCUCUGUGUGAAUUGUACAGAAAGUUAUUUAAAAACAACUGAGAGAGGGGACUACACACAGUAAUGUGGAUCUUUAGGAUUUCUUUCACUUAUCGUUAAUGUGAAUAUAGUCGUUAUGCUUACAUUCCACCUCCUUGCAUGGUUAAAGGGUGAACAAUUUUUUAAACGCAUAAUUGCUUAGUAGUCAAAGACAUGUAAACUUUUUAGGACUUCCAAUGUGGGAGGAAAAACUUCAUUCAAAAUGGUGCUAACCCAGGAAUAUGCUAGGAGCCCUCACGUAGGGAUGAUCCACUGUCCCCAUCUCAAGACAGCCUGUAACGUGGUAACAACGGGGGGUUGAUGUGGGACAGCCUGUAACGUGGUAACAACGG